AUGUCAUUUGUCAAGGAUUUCCAGCCAAUUGCUUUGGGUGACACCAAUCUAUUCAAGCCGAUCAAAAUUGGGAACAAUGAGUUGAAGCACCGUGUUGUCAUGCCACCUUUGACCAGAAUGAGAGCUCAUUACCCUGGUAAUGUGCCAAACGAUUGGGCCAUUGAGUACUACGACCAGCGGUCGAAGAGACCAGGUACUCUCAUUAUAACCGAGGGAACUUUUCCGUCUGCUCAAAGUGGAGGUUACGACAAUGCGCCAGGUAUCUGGUCUGAAAGUCAACUUGAGAAGUGGAAGAAAAUCUUUGCCAAGAUUCAUGAGAACAAAUCCUUCGUGUGGGUGCAAUUUUGGGUUUUGGGUAGACAAGCAUUCCCUGAUACUUUGGCAAGAGAUGGUCUUCCUUAUGUCUCGGCCUCUGACGAGCCUUAUAUGGAUGAGGAACAGCGUGAGAGGGCGGUCAAGAGCAACAAUCCACAGCACGGUUUGACCAAGGACGAGAUCAAGCAAUAUAUCAAGGAUUAUGUCCAGGCGGCCAAGAACUCCAUAGAGGCUGGUGCAGAUGGAGUUGAAAUACAAUGCGCUGGCGGUUACCUAUUGAACCUAUUUAUGGACCCAAUCUCUAACAAGAGGACAGACGAAUACGGUGGAUCUAUUGAAAACAGGGCUCGCUUCACGCUCGAAGUGACUGAUGCGGUUGCAGAGGCCGUCGGUUGGGACAAAGUCGCUAUCAGAUUUAUGCCAUUCGGUACUUUCGGUACCAUGUCCGGUGGCCGAGAUCCAUUGACCAUCGCUCACUAUGCCUACAUCUUAGGUGAACUGGAAGCGAGAGCUAAACUUGGUAAGCGCCUAGCCUUUGUGCAUCUCGUCGAACCUCGUGUCACGAAUGCAUUACUUUAUGCCGAAGGUGAAGGGGAAUACAAAGACGGUACUAACGACUUCGCUUACUCAAUCUGGAAGGGUCCGAUCAUUAGAGCAGGUAAUCUAGCUUUGCAUCCAGAAGAUGUGGAGGAAAUGGUAGCCGAUGACAGAACGUUGAUCGCUUACGGUAGGUUUUUUAUCGCAAACCCCGAUAUGGUUGACCGCAUCGAGAAGGGCUUGCCGUUAAACAAGUAUAACAGAGAGACUUUUUACUCAAGCACCAAGGAAGGUUACCUCGACUAUCCAACUUAUGACGAGGCAGUUAAAUUGGGUUAUUAA